AUGGCCUCAUCAGAGGAUCGCGUCGCCAUCGUUAUCGGAGCCACUUCAGGCAUCGGAUCCGAGCUAGCCAAACGCCUCUGUACCAAAGGCUGGAAAGUAGCCUGCACAGGCCGACGCCAAUCGGCCGGAACGCAACUUCUAUCGGACCUGAACACUGCAAAUGCAGAGUUCUUCUCCGCAGACGUGUCAAAAUACGAAGAUUCAGCCGCAGUAUUCCAAAAAGUCUUUAAACUCUGGGGUCGCAUUGAUGCCGUCUGCGUGAACGCGGGAAUCGUCGACAAAUCUUCCGUCUAUAUCUAUGACUCGAGAAACAAGUCUGUUGACGAUAUUCCCCCAGCACCGGAUUCUUCCAUUGUUGAUAUCAACUACAAGGGUGUUGUUUAUUGCACGCAGCUAGCUACGCAUUUUAUGCGGUAUAAUCCUGUGCCUGGGGGCCGGGUGAUUAUAACCGGUAGCAUUGGGGCGGUGUUUCCUCAUGAGUCUUAUCCUGUUUAUUGUGGGACGAAGGCGGCUGUUAAUCAGUUUGUGAGGGGUAUUGCUCCGUUGUUGAAGCAGAAGGAGAAUAUUCUGCUUAAUGUUGUUAUGCCGGGUAUUGUGAAGACGUCUAUUGUUCCACCUGAGAUGAUUGAGGCUGUUUCGCCUGAGUGUAUUACUCCCAUGGAGACAAUCUUGAAAGCCUAUGACGUUUUCUUGGAUGAUACGACUGGUAUGGCGGGGCAGUUGCUUGAGGGCUCGGCCGAGAAAUUGAUAUACUAUCAAAUCCCCGAGCCCGGUAAUGGCCGGAUAACGGAGCGGGCUGUCACGGUAUGGGAGCCUUUGUUUGAGAUGAUGCACGGUGAGAAGUCAGGACUUCCUGGAGCAAUCCCUUAG